UGCCUAAUGGCCGGCUCGAGUUCUGGAAAAUGUCGCGAGCUUAUUUGUAUAACCUAGCUAUAUUGUAAACAUUACAAUUUAAAUUAAUUCUAAAAUUAUAAAGGAUGUGACACUUAAAUCAAAGGUUUUCUUCGAAAUGUAAUUGGUUUAAGUUCAAGCUUAACAGUCUUAGUCUAGCCUUGACCCACCAUCAGCGUUUAUAAUUUCUUGUUCUUGAGCCUUAUAGAAAAUGGCUUUCAACUAUACAGUAUCUCCUAAGGUGUUCAAAGCUCUGCAAACUGUUGACAUCGAACAGCUAUCAAAGUGUACAGCUAAAGAAAUAAGGCCAAUUUUACCAUGUCUAGUUCGCAUGAGUUUAAUAUCACCUAUGGAUUCAACAAAAAAAUGCACAGAUGGAAGAAAGCAAAUACUAACAAUUCUAUCUGGAAUAGAAUUAGUAAAUACCAUCGUGGCUUUACUUUCCAUAGACUUUCAUGGUUUGGAAUUAGAUGUAAAAAAGGAACAAAUGUUGAGGCAGAAACAAGGAAGUGCGGUUACUGAUAGUGUUUUAGUACAAGGACCACCUGGAUUAGCUUUUGAUUUUGAACGGACUGACUCAACAAGAAGACUUCGUCUUGUACUAUAUGAAAUCCUGAUGCUCCAAUCACAGAAAGUGACAGGUGAAUCUUUUGUCAAGCAGUCAGAUUUGUUUGACUGCUCAGUGUACAUCCCAGAGAUUUGUGAUGUAAUCAACAUAGCUUUGGCAGAACUGCCUGCGUUGUUGUCUGUACAAGAUAUGGCAGAAACUUUACUGAGAGUCAAGCAUGGGCCUGAAAUCAUCUGCUGGAUGGUGGCUAAUUCUCCAGACACUUUUAAUGAAGUGACAACAAGCCUGAUUACAAAUGCUGACCCAAGAGAUGAAGAUAAUGGUGGGAGCAGAGUACGAACCCAAGCACUCAACAUGCUAUGUCAGAUGAAUCCAUCACAGGCUCUCGCAGUCAGAGCUAAAUGUGUAGAAAUGUGUAGACUACCAGCCUUGGCUGUCAACUUGACCUUGGACCACGGCAGUUCCCGGGGUGGAGAUGUUGUAGCCUUUGUGUCGGGUCUGCUGCUAGGAAAUGACCAACACAUCCGCAAUUGGUUUGCCUCCUUUGUACGCAGCAGGCAAAAGCAACGCCACAGAGAGAACAGUGCUACAAUGCAGGCUCUACGAGACGAGCUGAUCCAUCAGCUGCAGGACAUUACGCUGUUCUCUCCCAACAACAAGCUGCCAGAGAGUCGCGUGGUGCAGGCCUCGGCAUUGCUACGACUCUACUGUGCUCUACGAGGCAUAGCCGGCACCAAGUUUCAAGAGGAGGAGAUCUCACUGAUAGUACAGCUGGUGACCUCCCACCCUCCCCCCACCCCUGCAGGAGUGAGGUUUGUGUCCCUGGGACUGUGUAUGCUCAUAGCCUGUCCUUCUUUGAUAGCACAGCACGAACAUGAGACCAAGUGUAUUGAGUGGGUGCGCUGGCUUGUAAGAGAGGAAGCUUACUUUGAGAGUGCGAGUGGAGUGACUGCAUCGUUCGGAGAGAUGCUCCUACUCAUGGCCAUCCACUUCCACAGUAACCAACUGAGUGCCAUCUUUGAACUGGUCUCAUCUACUUUGGGCAUGAAGGUGCCAAUCAGACACAACAACAUGACCCGCAUGAAACAAAUCUUCACCCAGGAAAUAUUCACUGAACAGGUAGUGACUUCACAUGCAGUCAAGGUUCCUGUCACCGUCAACCUAAAUGCCAACAUUCAAGGGUUCUUGCCUGUCCACUGCAUCCAUCAACUUCUCAAGAGCAGAGCCUUCACUAAGCACAAGGUUCCCAUCAAAGACUGGAUAUACAGACAAAUCUGCUCAAGUGAGCCUCCUCUACACCCGGUGCUGCCAGCUCUGGUGGAGGUUUAUGUGAACUCCAUCUUGGUAUCCACCUCUAAGACACCACAGACUCCUGAGAACACCAACCAACCCAUCACUACAGAGGAGAUACGCAGAGUCUUCAGGGACACUCUAACACAAAAAGAAUUAAAUGUAGACUGCAAGUGUGCCUCACUGACAGCUCAGUUGUUAUUGCUCUAUUACCUGCUACACUACGAAGAUGUCAGGAUGGGCCAAUGGAUGGCGAUUGGCAGAGAAAAAGUCAAGAGCUAUUCUGCUGAAUUCCUCUCAGAACUGCCAAUCAAGUAUCUCCUGCAGCAGGCCCAACGCAAUCAGCAGAGUUUUGCAGGGUUGUUUUCCCCAUUACUGAGACUCUUAGCAACUCAUUUCCCUCAUUUGUCCUUGGUUGAUGACUGGAUAGAAGAGGAUGAAAUACUCAGCUCACAGGAAAAAACUGUCCCAAUCUCAAGCACUGCAAUUGUGGAAGGUUUGAGCGCAAUGUCCACUUGUCCUUCACACACUGGCAAGUUGUUGAAACAGCUACUGGAAGUUUCAGCAACUCAGUUAUGGCCUCACGUGGAUGUCAUCAUCAAACACUUCCGCAACACUCUGGAGCCAAAUGUACCUCGCUACAUUCAAGAACUGUACAGACAAGUGUGGUUGAAGCUGAAUACAGUGUUGCCCCGAUGCUUGUGGGUGAAGACCAUUAGUGCUUUUAUGCAUGAAAAGUCAAUUUUACCGAGCUUGGCAGUGACCCAAGAAAAUGCUGUUCUUGACCCUCUCCAAGUAUUGCGCUGGGAUACAAGAGCAUUCAGGUGUGCAGGUGUUCUGAAGGUGCUGCUGCGGGUUCUGCAGGCGUCUUUGGCUGCGUCACGCAACCAGUUGGCUCGGCAUCAGCUGGAGACUCCCGCAGUCGAGUGUCGAGUGACAGAGCCGGAGAGGGAGGAGUUGCGCUCGGCUCUAGUUGCUGCGCAGGACAGCUGUGUGUUGCAGAUAUUGCUGGAAGCUUGUCUCGAGUCUCCUGAGGAUAGGGAAACUCCAGGACAGUUGUGGGCCCUUAGAGAAGUUAGGAGCAUCAUCUGUUCUUAUCUACAUCAGGUGUUCAUAUCCGAGCCCUCCCUUGCCAAACUUGUUCAUUUUCAGGGCUAUCCUCGGGAGCUGCUGCCAGUGACAGUCAAGGGUAUUCCGUCGAUGCACAUCUGUUUGGACUUCAUUCCUGAACUGCUGAGUCAGCCCUCACUAGAGAAGCAGGUGUUUGCUGUUGAUCUUGUGUCUCAUCUGUCCCUGCAUUACGCUUUGCCAAAGUCCAUGAGUGUAGCUAGGCUGGCCAUCAAUACUCUCUCAACACUGGUCACAGUGUUGUCGUCAGAGAACCGUACAGAGCUAUUCACCCCUGCCCUGCCUGCGUUGGUACGUGUGUGUGAAGCAUUCCCUCCACUAGUGGAUGACGUGGUGAGUCUACUGCUGCAAGUAGGACGCGUUUGUCUGUCCGAGGCUUGCGCCCACGGCAGCUACCACCCUGCCAGCCUUACACCAUAUGACGACCAUCUCCUGGUCGGGGCCAUACAACAAGCAUUCAUACAAAUUCUCACUCAUGCAGUGCUCAAGGUCAAAGUCUAUUGAAAAUACAUCCUUUCUAUUUUCAAUAUGAACUACAGUAGAACUCGAAUUAUAAGGAUCAAUCUGGACUGGACCCCAUCUCGUUGACAGUGGCUCUGGGCAAAUAACUCAUCACCCCCCAAUCAGUAUGAUACUACAAUAGACUUGUUGCACAAUGAACACAUUGUUCUACAUACAAAUAUAUAUCGGAUUAUCGCAAACAUCAAAAUCCUGCAACAAACAAAAUUUUUCUGGAUGAGUUAUAUUUAUUUUUUCUCCUUGAGAUGAUUUGGGUAAUUGGUGAUCCUGGAGUUUUACUGUAAUCUCAAUUAUAACAAUAUGUAUGAUGAAAUGCUGUAAUGGCUUUCAAUUUUAUUCUUUUGUUGGUGCCAAUUAAAUAUCAACAAGACAAAUGCCUUAUUGUUUAUGUUUUAAAACUUAUAUUCCUAAACAGUUUGUUUUAGGUUUAAUUUUUAUAUUUUUAAAUAUUUAUAAGUACUGUACUGUAAUGUGGAUUUGCAAUGAAUUUAAAGUUUUUAUUAGGCCCUAUUUAUUGUUUUUUGUACAAGCAAUGUAUUUAUUCUGUGAAUAAAUAAUUUUA